AUGGUUCCCUUGUCGCUCGUUGCAGCUUUGGGUGCGCUUAGCGGGGUUACCGUGCUAGCCCAGUUUCCGCCAACACCCAGCGGCGUUACGGUGCUCGAGUCGCAGAUUGAAGAGGGCAUCAGAAUCUCUUACAAAGAGAACAACAUCUGCGAAACAACCGAAGGCGUGAAGAGUUACUCAGGGUAUGUCCAUCUACCUGCUGGUGCUCUCGAUGAUCUUGGAGUGAGGAACCAGACGUAUGAGAUCAACACCUUCUUCUGGUUUUUCGAGGCACGAAAGGAUCCUGAGAAUGCACCUUUAUCAAUAUGGAUGAACGGCGGCCCAGGAAGUAGUUCUUUGUUGGGCUUGUUGCGAGAGAAUGGGCCUUGCCACGUGAAUGCGGAUUCCAAUUCCACAUACUUGAAUGAGUGGUCAUGGAAUAAUGAGGUCAACAUGCUCUACCUCGAUCAGCCUGUUCAGGUUGGACUCUCAUACGACAAGCUCGUGAAUGUCACGGUCUCCUCGCUCACCGGCUCGGAAGGCGUGGAAAUCGCCGACUUCUCAGACGGUGUACCCGAGCAAAACAACACUUUCUACGUUGGCACCUACCCUAGCCAGAACGAGAACCUUACGACUCAGGGCACAGAGAACUCCGCACGAGCCCUCUGGAAUUUCGCCCAGGUGUGGUUCCAAGAAUUCCCAGGCUACAAGCCUAACGACAACCGCAUCUCCAUCGCUACCGAGUCCUACGGUGGGCGCUAUGGACCUGCAUUUGCAGCAUAUUUCCAGGAACAGAACGAGAGGAUCGAAAACGGCACCUGGGACGAUGCAGGUGAGACCCACAUCUUGCAUCUGGACACUCUGCUUAUCAUCAAUGGAUGCAUCGAUCGUCUUGCCCAGUGGCCUGGGUAUCCUAUGAUGGCGUACAACAACACUUACGGCAUCAAGGCGUAUAAUGAGUCCCGAUACGAUCAAGUUAUGGAAGCUUUGUACGGAGACGAUGGUUGCCUUGCACAGAUCGAAGAGUGUCGAAACCUCAGCCUUGCUUACGACCCGACGAACCAAGGCUAUAAUGCAUCAGUAAAUAAAGUGUGCAAAGCAGCCGAGACCUUCUGUACGGAAGAAAUCCGCGACCCUUACUUUGAUAGCGACGUGAACUAUUACGAUAUCUCCGCUCCUGGAGCGGCCAGCUUCCCACCGCCGUGGUAUGAGGGAUUUCUGAACCAGCCCUGGGUUCAAGAGGGUUUGGGCGUGCCGCUCAAUUGGACGCAAUCGAACAGUGCUGUCUCAGUAGCUUUCAGAAGCAUCGGAGACUACCCUCGUCCCGGUUGGAAAGAGGAUCUAGCAUACCUGCUUGAGGAAGGAAUCAAAGUUACCUUGGUUUACGGCGAUCGAGACUACGCCUGUAACUGGUACGGCGGAGAGCUACUGUCUCUGGCAAUUAAUUAUAGCAACACCGAAAAUUACCACUCGGCCGGCUACGCACCCGUACAGGUGAACGAGUCCUACAUCGGUGGACAGGUUCGUCAGUACGGCAAUUUGUCAUUUACUCGCGUCUACGAAGCCGGCCACGAGGGACCCGCGUAUCAGCCUGAGACCAUCUACAGGAUCUUUACUCGUGCGCUCUUCAAUUUCGAUAUUGCCACGGGCAAUAUCUCUACUACCGAGAACCCAGACUACGCGACCGAAGGACCAAACAAUGUCUACAACAUCACGAACGAGCCAGUUCAAUUACCUGGCAGCCAGUGCUACGUCCUGGACAAGGAUCAGUGCACUGCGGAUCAAUGGGCAACCGUCGAAGAAGGCACGGCGCUGGUGAAGAACUGGAUCGUCGUGGAUGGAAACACUAGCUACCUAUUCCCGGAUCUUGUCAACGGGACGGGUAACGGGACGGGCCCUGUGGGUACGGGUACCCCCACGCCGUCGCUUGGGCCGGCUCAGCCAACUGGUAAUACGGGGGGUGCAAGUGGAAGGAUGGUUGCACCAUCAUUCGGCCUGCAAUUCAGAGCUAUCGGCAGUGCGUUAGUAGCAGUGGGUCUAGGCAGUGCGAUAGUGAUGUUGUAGUAGACCUGCAGUCGGAUUCCAUUCGAGACUGCUUUCCGGCGGCAUAGGCACGACAUCCUGGGUGAAGUGGGCCUCGGUGUUCGCUUGCCUGGGAAUUACACGAG